AUGUCUAUGUUUAGUAUAUUCAAUCCCCUACUAAAAGGUUCCAAUAAUUUCAAAGCAAGGUUCCACGGUUUUCUAUUCAAUAAUGUUUCUACAGUAACAAUAAGAACUCUAAUGAAAACUCAUAAAGGUACAGCAAAGAGGUGGAGGCGCACUGGUAACACUUUUAAAAGAGGCAUUGCUGGAAGGAAGCAUGGUAAUAUAGGCUGGUCCCAUAGAUCUUUGAAAGCUCUAACUGGAAGAAAAACAGCCAAUUCAGCUUAUCUAAAGCAUUUAAAACGGUUACUACCCUAUCAUUGA